GUGACGUCACAUCCGCAGUUGGAAAAACACUUCGACCCAUGGAGGAAGAUAAUAAUCCCCAAAUACUUGAAUAUGCUCACUCUGAGUUUAAAAAACAUAAUUUUAAACGGGCAGAAGAAAUGUACUCAAAGUUUAUCUCUUCCUGCUUACAGUCCAGGGAAUGUGACGCCAGUGAUUUGGCCAUUGCUUAUAACAACCGCGGACAGAUAAAGUACCUCCGGGUGGAUUUUCAUGAAGCAGUGGAGGACUACACCUCCGCAAUACAGACUGACAGCCGGUUUGAAACACCUUUCUACAACAGAGGACUCAUCCACUAUAGACUAGGUUUUUUCGACGAUGCCAAGAGUGACUUCCAGCAAGCAUUAAAGCUCAAUCCAGAUUUUGAAGAUGCCAAAGUGAGCCUGCAACAGACACUUCUGGACCAGCAGCACAAGAUAAAUAGGGGAUACUGACAGUUUCAUAAACUUUAGAGUACAUAUUUUAUAUAUCCUGAAAUCUUUUGACUAAAGAAAAGAUGUAUAUUCUGUCAAGUGUUGUCAUUUUACUUUAAUUUAUGCACAGCUGUCAUAUAACAAAUUAAGAUGUCAUUAUUUGAUCUGAAAAUGAACACUUUGAUUAUUUGAAGAUAUCAGCAUGAAGAUAAACCGAGAAGAAAAUCACACACAACAUAAAGCAAUCUGCACUGGCAACAACACCAGUGAAAAUCAAACUCAACACAUGAAAGGAAGAAGACAUCCCACUGUACGACGUACAGUAUAUGGAUUUUUGCUAAGCAGAGCAUUGACAAUUCCUUUUCUGCACUGACUCGAGACUCUUCCAGUCGGAAAAAAAUAUAAUGGCCUCAUAAAUGAAAGUAUAUCAUUGUAUAAGUCUGUGAGUGGACAACGCAGUCUAAUUGACCCGGGCGCACUAGGUAAAACGAUGAUCUUGGGUUUUACUGUCAGUAAUAAAUGUUAGUGCACCAUCUAGCAGACACUAGGAGGAGGGUUGUGAUGACUAUAAACAAACCACAAUCAAGUGUUGGGAUACAGUCAUGGUAAGAAGUCUCUCAGCUGCAAAGGUAAAACCUGUUUUGUGUCUUAAAUUGAAGCCCGGUCACAGUUAACAUCUUUCUACAAGGUGGUGUAUGGUUUUAAGGAAAGGUAGUCCCCCUCUUUUGAAAUUUCUUGAAUAAUUAAUAUAUAAAUAUAUAUAUACAAAACAUAAAUGUAUAUAUGAACAAUAAAUUGCUUUAUCACG